AUGAAGACUAAGUUCAUUAACGGCGUCUCCUCGUCGCCCUCCCUGUCUCUGGGGCUCCUGGUGACCCAGAACGCCCUCCAGGUGCAGCCCGACGCCCAGCGGGACUCCAAGGAGCCGCUGCGGGCCGAGCAGAGCCCGGACCCGGACACCCGGCGGAGGGCGUUCCGGUGGUGCCGGGAGUUCCUGCACGGAGCCUGGAAGAGCGUGACGGAGGAGGAGUUCAGCAUCUCCAUCAUCAGAGGAGGCCUCAGCAACAAGCUGUUCCUCUGCAGCCUCCCAGACGGACGAGCUUCGGUCGGAGACGAACCCAGAAACGUCCUGCUGAGACUCUACGGAGCCAUUUUACAGAUGUCCUGUAAUAAAGGAGACUCUCGACAGUCCAACAAAGAAAACCACUUCCAGGGCACUGAGGCCAUGGUUCUGGAGAGCGUCAUGUUCGCCAUCUUAGCUGAGAGAGAACUAGGACCGAAGCUCUACGGAAUAUUUCCUCAGGGACGGCUGGAGCAGUACGUCCCUAGCCGUAAACUGGACACGGUGGAGCUCAGCGACUGCAGCAUCUCUGCUGAGGUCGCAGAGAAAAUGGCGAAGUUCCACGGGAUGAGGAUGCCGUUCAACAAGGAGCCUCAGUGGCUGUUCGGAACCAUGGACAAGUAUCUGAACCAAGUGAUGAAGCUGAACUUCACCAGAGAAUCACAGCUCCGUCGAUUCAACCGACUGCUGAGCUACGACCUGCAGCAGGAGAUGGACACGCUAAAGUCUCUGUUGGAGUCGACUCGAUCUCCCGUCGUUUUCUGUCACAACGACUGUCAGGAAGGGAACAUCCUGCUGCUGAAAGGCCGACAGACUUCAGACAAACAGAAACUGAUGCUCAUUGACUUUGAAUACAGCAGCUACAACUACAGGGGAUUUGAUAUCGGGAACCAUUUCUGUGAGUGGAUGUAUGACUACAACUGUGACGAGUUUCCCUUCUUUAAAGUGGACGCCCAGAAUUACCCGUCCAAAGCCCAGCAGCUUCACUUCAUUGAGAAUUACCUGCGUGAGUCCGACCCAGGAUUCUACAACCUGAGCCCCGACGACCAGGUGAAGGUGAAGGAGGAGCUUUAUGUGGAGGUGAACAGGUUCUCUCUGGCGUCUCACUUCUUCUGGGGUUUGUGGUCCAUCAUCCAGGCUCGACUGUCCACCAUCAAGUUCGGAUACUUGGAAUACGCUCAGGCUCGCUUCGACGCCUACUUCCAGCAGAAGAAGAUCUGGGCGGUAUAACGGAGCGACCCCAUUGGACGGUUAAUGACAGGUUCGGCCUGACGGGCCGAUCAGAUUCACGCUUUACUUCCUGCUUGCCUGUCGGGGGAUCUGCUGCUGACUAAAACCCCGUGGCUCGGUGCUGAACGUCCGUCCCACAGUCCUGAAGGCCCAAACACUAGAAGUUCAACAUCGAUACUAACCUCCAUCCAAACAUAGAGCAUUCACUGAUGGAGACGGUGAGAUUUAGGCCUUGGUGGUGUCUUUAUAGAGAAGUGGAGGGUUUAUAGAGUUAGAACAGAUGGCUGUGAUGGGUUUCUGUGCAGUUUACGCUUUUAUAUUGUCUGAUUUCCUGCACAGUGUUGGCUGAUAGUGGAGGGUUGAGCACCAAACUCAACUCUCCACUGGCAGCCAACAUCACACAACUAGGCAGCAUGAAUGGACACCAAAACACCAGAAGAGUCUCCAAAAUAUUCAUUAAAACAAUAAGAAACUGAAGUUUUCUUGAAUAAAGGCUGCCAGUGGAGGGUUUAGCAGCUAAGUUUGGACAAAAUGUGCAACUUGGCAGCACAAAGCGUCGUCAAAACACCAGAAAAGUCUCCAUAUUAUCCUUUAAAACAAGAAGAAACCACUGUCUGUUAAGUUUCCCUCAAUAAAUGCCAAAUAUCGUGCAGCUUGGCAGCAUGAAUUGAGGCCAAAACACCAGAAAAGUCUCCAAAUUGUCCGUUAAAACAAUAAGAAACUGCCGUCAAUCAUCUCAAAUACGUAAAAUGUGUUCCAAAUGUCCCAAAAUCACAUAAAAAUUGCUCAAAAUAAUGCAAAAAUAUUCUAAAACUAGUCAACAGUUGUCAAAAUUUACACAGAAAGUUGUCAGUGAUAACAAACUUGUGCAGCUUGGCAGCACAAAGUGACGCCAAAACACCAGAAAAGUCACCAAAAUAUCCAUUAAACCAAUAAGAAACUGCUGUCUGUUAAGUUUUCUGUAAUAAAUGCAGUUUCUUAUUGUUUUAAUGGAUAUUUUUGGAGACUUUUCUGGUGUUUUGGUGUUGCUUUGUGCCUCCAAGUCGCCUCAUCGCUGCACCAGUAAUCAGAGAUAACAACGCCAGCGUCACAUCAAAAUUACUCCGAUUAUUUAUUCAACCCUGCAAAAUUACUAGAAAACACCAGAAAUGUCACCAAAAUAUCUGUUAAAACAAUAAAAAACUGCUGUCAGUCAUCUCAAAUAUGCUAAUUUUUUUCCAAAUGGCCCAAAAUCACUCAAAAAUUGCUUGAAAUGAUGCAGAAAUAUUCCAAAAAUAUUCCAAAAUAUUCAAAAGUAUUCAAUAACUGUUCAGAUUUACCCAGAAGUUGUCAAUGACAAUAAAAUCUUGCAACAAAACACCAGAAAUAAUAUCUUUGAUGAUUUAUCUGACAAAAAAUUUAAAAAUAUUCAGUUUGUCUAACAUUAUACCAAAAUGUCCCCAGAUGUUCCCGAACUAGAAAUAAAAAUCAGUUCAGAGCAGAACUCUUUGAAUUUUCUCCUGCUGACUGUUGGUCUCAGCUGAGUGACGUCCGGCUCCACAGUUCCACCAACAAACAGAAUUUUUGCAUUUUUUACUAAAUUUAUUAAGAAAAAAGGAUUCAAAUUUGGUGAAUUUUAUUGAGAUAUGAAAUAAAUUUAAGCUCAGAUUAGGGUCAUUGUUACACGUCACAGGCGAUUAGUUCAAGGACUGUGAGGAAGUCAGUUUUUCUAGUUUCCUGCUGAUAAAUGGUUGGUUUUGGGUUCAGAGGGUGAAUUAAUUAUUUUUAAUUAUUUUACUGUUUAAGGUGUGUUUAGUAAAGAUGUGAGAGCUGAAUCCCUCCGUCUGAUCAGAGUUCAUGUUAUUAACCGUCGUUCCUACCUCACCGCCUCGUUUUCAUCGUUUUAAUCCAUUCAUCACCUGCUGCUGAGAAAAACUUCACUCUGAAAAUGUGAAAAUAAAUGAAAGAUUACUGUUUGCUGACAUUUAAUCGUCUCUGGUGUCAGUUUAACACAAACCAGCUGUUAAAGUAUUUUAUGUAACAGAAACUGACUUCUGCUAAACCCGACGUGCUUUUCUUUCUCACAGCUAGAAACAAAUCAGAUUCCUUCUAGAUUUUUAGCCGGCUAACGUAACUUUGCCAACGUUCAGCGACAGGUUUUAUGGCUAACUAGGUAACUGAGCUAACAUUACCAACAAAACAUCACGUCCAGUCAACUCUUUCAUGUUUCCAGCUAACGUGUUUCCUAGAAGAAUCCUAUAUAAAGAGUUUUAACGAAGAUCUUGACCGCUGCUUGACGUGCUAAAAUGCUAAGGCAAACUAACUUUCUGAUCCAUGUAUAAAACACAAAACCAAAACACAGUAACUACAUAUUGUUCCAAAUCUAUUUUUUAAUAUUUAUCGGUCACCGCACUACUAGCUAGCUAAGGCUAAUCUAAAUGUGGUCACAGUUAGCCUCAGCUAAAGCUACUUUAGUGACUUUUUCAUACUGUUUUCAGUAAGAGCAAUUAAUUUAGAUUUUACAGCAUCUUGGAUGUUAAAUUAGGAUGAAGCUAAUCAUAAAGGACAAAAGUAAUAUGCAGACUCUAGCUAAAAGCUAACUAGCCUAGCCUAGCCUAGCUUAGAUGUCCAAUUGCAGACUACAGUAGUGAUUUUAUUGAGCAGUUAUGUUUUUCUUUAUGGGAAAUAAUCAAGGUUGUGCAACUUGUAAAGCUUCUCAAUGUCUGUUUUUCUGUUCAAAAAUACACAAACCGAAUCACAGUGACUCCCGCUAGCUAAGGCUAGUCCAACUACAGUCAGCUAAUUUUAGCUAAACAUAAUUUACUGACGUUUCCACGCUGUUUAAAUGUUGACACUCCACCAUCUUAGUAAUUGGAUAAAUAAGGCUAAACCUACUAGUAAUGGAGAGAGGUAACACGCAGAGUCAUGCUAAAAGCUAACUAGCAUAAUUCAGAUGUUUCCAGAAAACUUAAAUAGCUACACUGAUAUCAUGCUAAAAUGCUAAAUAGGUCAAUAUUUUUUUAAGGAUUCUGUUUUACAACCCAAAACGUAGUGCCACAUAUUUGUAGUAUAAUUUUUAUUAUCAGUUUUUCUGUUUAAACAUUGAAAAACAAAGUAAAAACCAAAUCCCAGUGACUGUGCUCCAGCUAAUUAAGGCUAAAUAUGGCUAGUCUGAGCAGGUCACAGUUGCUUCAGCUAAAACUAAUUUGCAACAUCUGCAACAUCUUACUAUGUUAAUAUUAUACCUAAUAAAUAUCACUAAAGCUAAUGAUAAUGGAGAAGAGUAACGUGCUGAGUCAUGCUAAAAGCUAACGACCAUAAUUUAGAUGAUACCAGAAAACCUGAAUAGCUACAUGAAUGAUAUCAUGCUAAAAUGCUCAAUAGGUAAAAAAAAAUAAAUAAUAAAUCAAGAUUCUGUUUUACAAACCAAAACAAACUACUACAUGUAUCAUACCUAAUAAAUAUAGCUAAAGCUAAUGAUAAUGGAGAAAAGUGACAUGCUGAGUCAUGCUAAAAGCUAACUAGCCUACUUUACAUGUCCGAUCACAGAGUUUAGGACUGAUUUCGUCUGUUACAUUUUCUCAUUCCAGGUCAUUAAAUUAAGGUUUUACAGCGUUUAAAAAUCCUUUUCUUACACCUUCACUGUUAUUGUUAGCAUUAAAAGGUGCUAACAUUAGCAUAAACCUGCUUCUGAACAGUGAAUGAAUAAUACAAAGCUAUUGUGCUAAGAUUGUUUUUAAUGUAGAGCCACAAGCUAAUGGCGUUAGCCUCAGUUUGAAAGCAACACUUCUAGAACAGCUAAUUAGCCCGACGUGCUAGUAAGUUGCUAAGCUAUAACUGGGCAAUAAACGGCUGCUGGGAUUAGCAGGUUUAGCAAAAGUCAGUUGAAACUGUCACCAUGACGACUAAACGCUACGAAACACAGAAACACUGAUUUAGAGCCUUUAUUUUAAAGCUACAAGCUGUAGAAACUGAGUUAGCAUGUAGCUGUAGCCGUUAGCAUGUGGCUGUAGCCGUUAGCACGUGGCUGUAGCUGUUAGCAUGCUGCUACGAAACCAGCUGUGCCACGUCAACACUUUUUUCCUGUGAAGUUAAAGUGAAUUUGUUCUGGAUGUUUUCUGUGAUUUUAAAUGAAACCAAAUGAAAAUGUGACGUGAAGCUGAACUGAAACUAGCUGAUGAUGUUUGAAUGUCGACUUUUAGGGCACUUUUAUGGAACGAUGGCAUAAAUUAAAGCUUUACACGUGUCUGAACUGUGACUGCAGGUGGUUAGAGUGUAUUUUAUUGUAUGUUUCCUUUAAAUGUGUAGUUUAUUUUCUAUAUUAUGGGAUGUGACGGGAUGAAGUGUGGAGGGAAAUACUGGAGCAUCUUUUACAUCUCUACAGUCUUUUUUUUUUUCAAGUUUUACAUUUUCUCCUGCCGAACCUGAAUUUUUCUGUCCUUUUUCACAUUUAAUUUCCUUUCUAAAUGACCUGAUUUGUAAUUAAAGAACAUUCCAUCUGUGUUUCUUCAUUUUGAGUUUGAUUUUGGACCAAAACGACGAUAAAUUUGGCUCUGACUGGUUCUUUAAAAUAAUCUAAAUGAGAACAAACAGCCUCACUGAUGCUUCUGUUCACUGUAUGUAACAUUCACUAAUAAACAUAAAUAUUAAAUCUGAAGUAAAAUGACUCAUAACAGAUAUACUCACAGUUACAGAAUGUAUUAAAUAAUAAUAACAGUGUGUUCAAUAGUGAACUUGGCUGUAAAUUUAUUGCUUUGCACAAAUAAAAGGUAAAAAUGA